GCUCUUGACGUCUUCUUCAGGACUUGUCUUCCUUACCAACUAAACCAAAGAGGGCACCGUUGUUAUUAUUAUUAUUAAUUAUUAUUUUGUUAAAUUAGUAAAUUUAACCGAAACGGUCUUCGUUUGUGGAAAAAGUUAAGUGAAAUGUAGACGCGGAAUAAAAGCGAACAGCUCCGGAAGAUGACGAAGAAACACUGAUUCCCCAAAACUGCUCGUUUUGUGAUGUUGAGAAUAGUAACGGAAAGCGCCGCUGCAGUGUAUCAGAAGCACCUGGACCGUACGGUAAUCAUGUCACGUAGACUUCAUUCACGCCGAUUAGAGGGUGUCGAUAAAAACAUAUGGGUUGAGUUCACACAACUGGCUGCUGAUUACAAAGCAGUGAACCUUGGGCAGGGCUUCCCAGACUUCUCCCCUCCCAAAUUCAUCCAGGAAGCAUUCUGUAAAGCAGUGAGUGGGGGCAGCCCAAUGCACCAGUACACCCGUGCUUUUGGCCAUCCCCCUCUUGUGAAAGCUCUGGCCAAAUUUUUCAGUUGGAUUGUUGGGCGUCAGAUUGAUCCACUUGACGAUAUCCUCGUCACAGUUGGAGCCUAUCAAGCGCUCUCCUGUACCAUUCAAGCACUGGUUGACGAAGGGGAUGAGGUCAUAAUUAUUGAGCCAUUCUUUGACUGCUAUCAGCCAAUGGUAAAGAUGGCUGGAGGAAAGCCUGUUUACAUACCUCUGAGGCCAAGAGCAGAAGACGGCAAGGCCUUAUCGAGUCGGGACUGGGUGCUUUCUGUUGAAGAGCUGGCCAGUAAAGUUUCUCCUAAUACAAAAGCCAUUGUUAUCAACAAUCCCAACAACCCGUUGGGCAAGGUGUACACGAGAGAAGAGCUCCAAAUGAUUGCUGACCUGUGUAUCAAGAAUGAUCUUGUGUGUGUCAGUGAUGAGGUGUAUGAGUGGUUGACUUAUGAUGGCGUCAAGCAUGUAAAGCUAGCCAGCCUUCCUGGUAUGUGGGAACGGACCAUCACUAUUGGCAGUGCUGGGAAGAGCUUUAGUGCUACAGGCUGGAAGGUUGGCUGGGCUAUGGGCUCUGGGAGCAUCAUAAAACAUCUGAAGGUUGUCCAUCAGAACUCUGUUUACCACUGUGCAACUGCUGCUCAGGAGGCAGUAGCCCAGGGAUUUGAAACAGAAUAUGAGCACUUUGGGACUCCAGACAGCUACUUUCGGCAGCUGCCCGAGACACUGCUUCACAAAAGAAAUAAACUGGCCUCUUGUCUGGAGCGUGUGGGUUUGCAGCCCGUUAUGCCAGAGGGGGGCUAUUUUAUGAUAGCAGACAUUUCCUGUGUCAAAGUUGACUGUAUUGACCUGAACACUGAGAAAGAGCCCUGUGACUACAGAUUUGUGAAAUGGCUAAUCAGAGAAAAGGGCUUAGCAACAAUCCCAGUUUCAGCAUUCUUCAGUCCAGAGCACAGCAAAGAGUUUGAGAACUACAUUCGAUUUUGUUUUGUCAAGGAGGAUUCAACACUGCAAGCAGCCGAGGACAUUUUGAAAAAAUGGAACAAUGGAAAUACGGCCUGCGACCCGGAAGUAUAUAACAUUCACGUGAAGCACCAUCUAAACAUGCCUCAGGACAGCCCAGCGAAGAGACUCAAAAUUGUCUCCUCUCAGGAAGAAGGGACGAUUGAUUGGAAGAAAAGGAAAGCGGAACUUAAAGGAGCUAUUAAGCAGAGGAAAGAAGCCAAGCUUAUAAAGAAGUUGGAAAAGCAGAGGAAGCAAGAGGCAGAUGCAAAGGAGUCAGUGCUUGAACAUGAACAGAACAAGAGAGGUCGGCCCUACACGGUGAGCGUUGCUUUGCCUGGCUCCGUCUUGGAUAAUGCCCAGUCUGCAGAACUGCGUACAUACCUGGCUGGACAAAUUGCCAGGGCCUGUGUUGUGUUCUGUGUCGAUGAGAUCAUCAUAUUUGAUGAAGAGGGGGAAGAUGUUCAAAGUAUUGAGGGGGAAUACACAGGUGUUGGGAAGAAAGGACAAGCUUGCACUCAGCUGGCCAGAAUUCUUCAGUACCUGGAAUGUCCACAGUAUCUGCGCAAAUGUUUUUUUCCAAAGCAUCAAGAUCUACAGUAUGCUGGUUUGCUUAAUCCACUGGACAGUCCUCACCAUAUGAGGAUGGAUGAGGAGUCGGUGUACCGGGAGGGGAUAGUUGUUGAAAGGCCCUGCAAACCAGGCAAAGGCUCGUUUGUCAACUGUGGAAUGAGAAAGGAAGUUCAGAUUGAUAAACAGCUGCAGCCUGGACUGCGAGUCACAGUACGCUUGAAUAAGACUCAGAAUAAAGAGAGCAGAGUAUGUAAAGGUGUGGUGGUGGCUCCUCAUGUACCCAGGGCAGAAGGAGGUCUUUACUGGGGCUAUAAUGUCCGCCUGGCAUCCUGUCUCAGUGAUGUGUUCACAGAAGGUCCUUUUGAAGAAGGGUACGAUGUGACGAUUGGCACCUCGGAGAGAGGCAGCAACAUCGACCAAACAACACUGUCGCCUUUCAAGCACCUCUUGGUAGUUUUUGGUGGUCUGCAGGGAUUGGAGGCUAGUGUCGAUGCUGACCAGAACCUGAGUGUGUCAGACAUCAGUGUUUUAUUUGACCAUUACCUCAACACCUGCCCUUGCCAAGGCAGCAGGACCAUACGCACAGAGGAAGCCAUUUUGAUUUCCAUGUCAGGGCUGAGACAGAAGAUUGCUGAUGCUUUUGCAAAUGCAUCUAAUGCGUCCUUGCAGAAUUUAUGAUCAGAGAAACCGCACGUUAAAGUCUUCAGUGGUCUUUAGGCUAAGGACAGUCAAUGUGUUAACCAUCAACACUUUGAGAGGAAUCUGUGUACAGCAGGCAGCUAAUUUCCAUUACCUGAAUGUAUUACACUUGUCUUUUGUAGUACCAUUUUUAACCCUGAAUUUCACAAGCAGUAUGUGGAUUUGUGAUGACAAUUCAGUUAGAUGCUAAGUUUUGCGAUUUCUGAUUCAUGAAAAGGAUCAUUUUUGUUAAUAUUCCUGCAGUAUACAUUGAUUUCCUAAUGAUUCUCCUGGUCUAGAUAUUAUUGUAUAUUUCCACAUAUUUAAAAUUCCUUGUAUUUGUUUUCAAAAACUCUUUUUUAAACAGACAGACAUUACGGUUCUUUAUGAAACAUAACAGCAACGUAGGUUGCACAACAUGGACAAAAUAAACUAUGUUAAACUUGCAGUCUGAAUUGUGGUGUG